UCCUCUAUGUAUUUUGCAAUAACUGUUUUGCUUUGCUAUGUCUGUUGCUUGCUUGUCUGUUCCUUUCCUUUUCCAAAAUUGUGGUCCGUCGUGAUAUUUGUUUGUGAACCACGUGUGUAAGGAAAUUUAUAAAGCUUAGAAAUGGAGAAUGAUGCCGGAGAUUGUGUUGAUCUUUACAUCCCGAGGAAAUGCUCGGCCAGCAACAGGAUCAUCCAUGCCAAGGAUCAUGCCUCCAUUCAGUUGGUGAUCGCCGACGUCGACCCGACGACAGGGCAGGCUCUGGAAACAUCCAAGAUGUACGCCAUCUGCGGUCCCAUCCGACGCAUGGGUGAAUCAGAUGACUGCCUGAAUAGGUUAACAAAGAACGACGGAAUCAUACCCAAGAAUUUUUAACACUGGAGAACUCCAUUUCCAUCUCCUUAUGUUAUAAGUCAUGUUUUAAAUAAACAAGUUUUAUAACACA